GUCGGUAAGUGGUAUGAUCAGCAGCGAUAAAUAAGGGUACACGCGCGGCUGUUCGCUGUAGUCGAGAUAGCAGAUUGACCUAGAGAACUGAUAGCUCAACUUUAGCAACAAUGGAGUGGACCCCGAUGGAAAUCAAUCCGGAGAUGCUGAACAAGAUGAUGGGAAAGCUGGGCGUUGGUGAAAGCUGGCGCUUCGUCGACGUGCUGGGGCUGGAGGGUGAGCAGCUCUCCUCCGUGCCGAAGCCGUGCUGUGCCUUGAUGCUGCUCUUCCCCUUAACGCAACAGCAUGAGUCUUUCAGAUCUCAGCAAGCUGAUAAGGUUUCAGGAGGUUCUGAGGCUUAUUUCUUGAAGCAGACAGCAGUCAAUUCCUGUGGCACCAUUGCCCUGCUCCAUGCUGUGGCUAACAACAAAGACAAAAUGACUUUUGAUGGUGCCUCUGCCUUGAAGAAAUUUCUGGAUGAGACAGCAAAUAUGUCUCCUGAUGACCGUGCCAAACAUCUGGAGAAAAACAAAGCAAUCUUUGAUGCUCACAAUGAGAUUGCUGCACAGGGCCAGUGUCGGCCAGAAGCAGAUAAAGUCAACUUUCACUUUAUUGCCUUCGUCAAUGUAAAUGGACAGCUGUAUGAAUUUGAUGGGAAAAUAAAUGGACCAGUGAACCACGGUCCUACCAAAGAGGAGUCCUUUGUAAUGGAUGCAGCCAAAGUGUGCCGUGGAUUUAUGGAGAGGGAGAAAGGUGAAGUGCGCUUCUCUGCAGUGGCUCUCUGUCAGAAUUAAGAUGUUCAGUAGGACACAAAAUUGAGCAAAUUGUAAACCAAAAUGUCCUGGAGCGUUCACAUGACAAACAAUCAACAGGCAACCUGUGUGCGCAUACAUCUGCAGACACUAUGCACUAAAGCACAUUGUUUCCACAUUUCUCUUAUUUCAUGAACAAAGUCUUGUUUAGCAUUACCACAUGUACACAAACACAAUCAGAGCCCUUUGUUCUGCAGACACUAACAGUACAAGCCUGUCCAUACAGUUUAAUGUGGUUUAGCUGUGAAUCUGUACAGCAUGUGGUCAUUACCACUGCUUGUGUGCACAUGUCUGAAAGUUUUUUCCACUGCAUCUGUGUCAAACUCAGAAGACUGAUGUUAAAAUACCUUUCGUGCCAACAAGUGUGACAGAUGAGACAAAAGAUGUUGAGGGAAGUUUUGUUUCUGAAGCCCUUUAGUUUCUGUGUGGUUGAGUUCUUAAUCUGAUGUUCUGCUGAAUAGGCCAAAUGUAUCUGUAGGAAUAAUCAACCAUUGUUUAGAGCAAGGAAGAAACCUACUCACUGUUUUGAAACGUCUCUGGAAAACUGAGGUUCUUUCUGAUAAGCUUAUGUUUAGUGUGAUCGCAAAUCAGUUCAGUUCAUUGCAGUGUUCAAAAAACGAACAGGCACCUUAUUUGAAAACCCAAGGAUCCACAAAUGAUCAAACGCAUAUACCCUUACUGUGCCAGUUUAACAGAUAAUACAACUUCCAAAGUGAAGUAGGGAACAUCUGAAGUGCUACUGUAUGUUGGUUGUUGUGCAGUGCUGGGUGUCUGGCUGUGUUUGAAUUGUUUACCUUUCUGCACUUUCAAAUCCUAUGUCGCUGUCGUUAUACUGUUAAUACAGCUGUGGGAAUAUAAUAAAGCAACUGUUGUCUCCUU